AUGUAUCGACCUAAAGUUGCUGAUGCAUUGUCUUAUCUCGACCAAGUGAAGGCCAGAUUUUCUAGCCAGAAUGAAAUCUAUACUGAUUUCUUGGAUGUAAUGCGCCAGUUUAAAGCACAAACAAUUGGUACAGAUGUUGUUAUCCGUCGCGUGAGGGAGCUAUUCGAAGGUCAUCAGGACCUUAUUGUUGGUUUUAACACAUUCAUUCCUCAAGGAUAUCGAAUGGACAGCCCUGUAUCGUGUUCACGACCAACAGGAGUGACACUUCCGGCUGUUGGUCAGACUUACUCAACAGAUGUCUCUCCCGGCAAACUCCCUUCGUUCUCUGCAUUUCGUCAGUCCGAUGCCUUAUCCCAAGAUGUAAAUCCAUCUACUUCAUCAUCUGCUUUGACUUACCAAUCGGUUUCGCAGUCCACGGAGCCCUCUCCCUUCUAUAGUAAUCCGUCCAAUCAGCCACCUGUCCUGCGCUCACACUUAACUACAACGGAUACGCAACAGCAAAGUUACCAUAGCCUAUCUGUUCCUAAUACUCAACCUGUUAUUGAGGGUCAAGUAGUUUACCCUUCAGCCCUCCAGUCAUCUCAACAACAGCAGCCUUACGUUCCUAAUGUACAGCAGCACAACGCUCAGUCGUUCAACCACGCCAUCAUUUAUGUAAAUAAGGUCAAGAAUCGGUUCCAAGCGAAGCCUGAUGUUUAUAAAUGCUUUCUUGAAAUUUUGCAAUGGUAUCAACGUGAACAAGAUCACACCGACCCAAAUCACCGCAAGCAAGCCGAAUUGCAGGUUUAUCAAGAUGUUGCUAAGUUGCUUCAGGGUCAUGAGGAUUUACUACAAGAGUUCAGUAGAUUUCUUCCCGAAUCAACCGGUGUAGCAUCAGAUAUGCACGAUCCUGCAGCAAUACGGAAUUCACAGUACUGUUCGGUGAGCGAACUAUCUUCUGCGAUUCACAAUCGAUUUUCCGCCAAUAGCUCUGGUCUCCCACCUGAUAAUGGUGCCUCUUGGCACCGUAGCCCCUCAGAAUCCAUGGGAACUACCGAGUCUAAAAAGCUCAAACGGGUGGUUCCUUCAUGCUCUUCAGUCGUACCAAGUUAUUCACAGGGUGAUUCAAUACCUACCAAAAAGCCACGCCACGCUUUUCGAGAUGUGAGUUUGUCGGAUAUUGGGGGCGGUGUGUCUGGAUCUGACGCACUCUUGUUGCAGAAGAUCAGCAACGUACUGGACGCUGAAGGUAUUAAUGGUACUCGUUCUUACCAAUCAUUGCUACAGAAUAUUAGUCUUUUCAACCGCAAGCUCAUCAAUGAAAAACAGUUGAUUGAAACCGCGAAACUAAUACUUCAGCGGCAUCCUGAAUUGUCAAGACAGUUCUGCGAUUUAUUUAGUGGUCUUCAAUCUGAUUCCCACUUUGAUGAAACCGCUGCACGGACUCCAGAUCGAGAAUCGGCCUUGACCUCGGUAGGUGGUGUACAGGAGGAAGAAAAUAAGCGAUAUCCACCCAGCAGUUCAAUUACCAGCCCCUCUCUUUCCGAUGUCGCCGCUGCAACGACGGGCGGAAAUAGUGUCCAUCCUCUAACAGGUGCCGAUAUGGUUGCACUUGUCAGUGAAGUCUCCCAGAAGCGCUUGGAUCUAGACUUUAAUAAAUUGCGCACUUGUGGAGCCAGUUAUCGUGCUCUGCCGUCAGAUUUUCCUCAACCUAAGUGUUCAGGACGUUUAAAAAGUUCAAUUGCCCGCUCUGUGCUCAACGACACCUACAUUAGCUUUUCCUCUCUAACAUCCGAGGAUUCGCAAUUUGUAUCGUCUAAAAAGAACCAAUAUGAAGAGAAUAUGUAUCACACUGAAGACGAAAGGUACGAGGCAGACAUGGUAAUGGAGCUUAAUCGGGCUGCCUUACAAAAUUUAAUUGUUGUUCGACGUCGUCUUGAACGAAUGGGAAGAGAUGAGCUUCAAAACUACAAACUCGAUGAUUAUUUGGGUGGAACAUCGGCAAUUUUGAUGAGGAAGGCCAUUCAUAGAGUGUAUGGAGACAAGGCAGGAGAUGUUAUAUAUGGACUUAAAACGUGCCCAAGCUCGGUGGUACCAAUUGUCAUUCAGCGUAUGCAUCAGAAGGAUACUGAGUGGCGGGAGGCUGUGCGAAAAUUCCAACAAUUCUGGUCUGACCAAGAUUCUAAGAACUACCUCCGAUCCCUCGAUCACCAGGGUACAAAUUUUAAACAACGCGACAAUGCUUUCAUUCGGCCGAAAACGGUCGUUAAUCAUAUCGAAAAUAUUGCGCGUGGCGAGAACUCUCUUUCAUCAGAACCAGCCUCUGGAGAUGUUGUGGGUUCAAUGAUAGCCAAAUGCUUGACUUCAUGUCAGUCUACUACCAGUUCAGUCUGUCCAGCUACACUUGGUUCGGCUCUGAGCCAUGUGUUUGAAGGAGUGGGUGACGACGGGGGCAUGCAUUUAACACUCGAGUAUCCUCCUCCCGAGACAUGCGCCUCGCUGCUUCAGGAUGUCGCUUCUUUGAUCAUACAUCAUGUCAAAAGGCAAUCGAAUACAAGCAAAGAGGACAAGCGUACUAUGAAGUUCCUGGAACGUUUUCCCAUGUCCGACGACGAGGUUGAGGAAGAAGAAUGUAUUGACAAUGACGAGGAAAUUGUUGGAGGUAGUGACAAUGACCCUAGUGAGACUGGUGACAGUGAGACCAUGGUGGGUGCUGCGGAGUCCACCAGUAACGGGUCCUCCAGGCAACUACGGAGAACACGACAUUAUCAUCGGAAUGUGAAGUCGCAGGAGCAAUCCAAUGGUCUCGAUGAAACCUCGCCGAUGUCUUCAGACCGUGCAGAAAUGAAAAUGAAAAAACGAUCUAAACGCAAAGCAUUGAGCACAAGCUUGGACAACACCAGUCACCAGGAGAACACACUAGGGUUGUCAAGCGUUCAAUAUCCAAUCGAGGUAUCACCGAAAGUGCCUGCCGAGGAAUAUUAUUGCGUGCUAAAUGGAAACAACCACUGGUACGCCUUUCUUCGGCUUCACCACCUUUUGCUGACUCGACUAUCUCAGUUACGCGCUAGAGCUCACCUUUUGCAACAGGAGUACGACCUUGAGAAUGGAAAAAGUCACAUUCAAGUCUCAGAUGUUUUGAGGCUGCGGAAGAAAGGUCACAGCGAACCAAGAGAGCACUAUGCCAUGGCACUUCAGUUAGUUAAAGAUCUCUUGGACGGCUGUGAGGACGUACACACUUAUGAGGACCGCCUUCGUGACAUGUUUGGCAUAUACGCUUAUCCGUGGUUUACGAUGGAUCGCCUAAUUACAAACCUUGUUCGGCAGCUUCACGUGUUAGCCAGUGGGGACGAGUUGAGUCAUCGUCUAACUUCCCUCUUCCGCUGUCACUUUCGGAGCCCCGGUGGUCGUUCACGCAGUGACUCCACCACUGUGGAGAAUGGAGAAGAAACUUUCUCACCCGCCAUCAAUGGCAUUUGUGGCCCACUGAGGACACGUUACGCUAGACUGAAAGACGAAGCUCGCUACCAACAGGCAGCUUUCGCUGCAUGCCUCGAUACCGCAGCAGCGGCUUCCAAUGAUGAUAAUGGAGGUUCUUCUAAUACCAACAGCGGUGGCGCACAACCCACAUUUCCACCUCGUUCACAACUGCCCAAUUGUUAUACGCUGGUUAUGCUACGUCAAGCCUCAAAACUUCUUAUUCGUCUCCUCGAUCCAACUCACAUUGUUACUACAUGUCUCGCUGCGCAUCAAACAUCCGCCAUGGCUCCUAUUUACCCUUCUCCUUCCCUAUCCGCUCGCCCCCCGUCACCAUUUGAGGAGGCACGAGCAGCAAAUGCUCUCAAGCGGGCCGAGGAGGGAGAGAGGCAAGUACGGCAUUGGUACGACUACCUUGCCCGAUAUCUCCUCAUUCCUGGUUGUUGGACAGCUGGACCAGUUUCGGCGGCGUUGGUAGCUCGUGUCAGGCCCGUGUUUUUGUAUCGCAACGUCCGGCUCUGUGUUAAUAAGCUGACGUUUCAAGCUGUGCAGAGGAGAAAGAAACAAAUUGUCGAAACAAGUGACCCACAGCCAGAAGAGGUUCUCAUGCACAGUUUGCCGCAAGUCCAAUCGAAUGAGGAAACCCCCAGGCAAGUAGCAGAGUUUACAGAUACAUGCGAGAUGAGCGUUGAAGGGGCAGAACCACAAAGGGAAGCCGCCGCUACCGAUCGGGAGGUAACUGCCACAGGAAAUCUUGAAAAGGACACUUGGGAAGUUAUGGUUCGUGUGCUUAGGAAUAGUCUGACUCGAUCAGAGCUGUUUCGUGACACUUUUUCUAGCGACUGUAUGCAAUCAAGCAAAAUUUUGAAGAGCGGCAUUUCUGCACCCAAAACAGCCUACAAGAUUAAUUGGUCGGUUGGAUCGUAUGGAAUUUUCAUAAGAACCAAGAAGCAUCGUUGUCAACAAUCAAGCACAAAGUCCAGGUCGGCUGAGAAGUUCCGCGAGUUUCAGGCCCGAUGGAUAUGGGAGCAUGGAGAUCAAGCGCAGGUCGCGGCAGUAACGGCCCAGCUACAGCGAAAAGGGGACCCAAAGGGAGAUACUGAGCCUUUAAUUGAGGGGCCAGACAAAAUUCCCGAGCGACCGUUAGGUUCAAUGAAAAAAGAACCCUUUGACCCCUUCGUAAUGGCAAAUACUCCAGAGGGCAGUCAGUCUGUCUCACGGGUCAUUCCGCCAGUCGAAGAUCCCUCAUCGGUUGUAGAGGGGGUAUCGACAGAGCCGGAACCCUGUGUGACAAUGAAGGCCGAAGACACAUCUGUAUAG